AUGGGUCUGGAAACUAUUGGACGUCAUAUGGGUCAUGGUAAACGACGUGGUACGCAAAAUGCUCGUAUGCCGGAGAAGAUUCUUUGGAUUCGUCGUAUGCGUGUGCUGCGUCAUUUGUUGAAGAAGUAUCGUGAAGCGAAGAAAAUCGACAAGCAUUUGUAUCAUGACUUGUACCUUCGCGCAAAGGGUAACGCUUUCAAGAACAAGCGUAAUUUGAUGGAAUUUAUCUUCAAGCGAAAGACCGAAAACACCCGAUCGAAACAACUCCAUUUUCCAUUUCAUGAUCCGAUUUUUCCAACCUAUCGUAUUGAGAAAUUAUGUGAUGAGAAUCGUCGGAGCUUGGAUAAUUCGGCUCGUUUAUUUCCUGAAGUGUUUAAAAGGUCAAAUUUGAUGAGAUGUUUGGAAUUUGAUUGA